AUGGCCUCCUGGGCGCCGCUGCUGCACGAGCUGGUCGCCACUGAGCUUCCGGAGCGCGACCACGCCGAGAAGACGCAGCAGCUGGCUGGGCAGCUGCGGCAGGCGGGCACCCCGAUCCUGCGGCUGGUGGAGGCCCUCGGCCCUUUCCUCACAACUGAUGACGACCCGCAGCGUGCCCGAGCCACCAGCGUGCUGGCAGAGGUGGUGGCGGCUGUGCCGGCUGCCGCCGCGGGCGAGGGCGACGUCGUCCACCUGUCCCAGUUCUUCACCUCACGGCUCACAGACUGGCCGGCCGUGCGUGGCGCGCUCAAGGGAUGCCUGGCGCUGCUGUCGCGGCGCGGCAGCGCGGCGCCCGCGAGGCCCGCCCUGGCAGAGGUGGAGGAGGCGGCGGCGGUGGAGAUGAUGCGGGCCUGCGUGUCGCAUGUGUUCAUCCGAGCGCUGGCGCAGCAGGACCGCACGGUGGCGCUGCGCCUGGUGACGGCGGCGAUGCGCGGGUAUGGCGCUGCGCUGCUGGACGCCGGCCUGGACCUUUUCGAGUACCUGGUCAGCUCAGUGGAUGGCGAGAAGGACCCGCGCUGCCUGCUGCUGUGCUUCGAGGCGGUGCGGUGCCUGCUGGCGCUCUACCACCGGCAGCCGGACACCAGCCUGUGCCACGAGCGGCUGGAGGAGGGCGCCGAGGAGCUCUUUGAGGUUUUGGCCUGCUACUUCCCCGUCACAUUCACCCCCCCGCCCAAUGACCCCAACAGGAUCAGCCGGGAGGACCUGGCAGCUGGGCUGGAGGCGGCGCUGGUGGCGGAGCCGCUGUUUGCGCCUUACCUGGUGCCUCUGGCCUGCGAGAAGCUGAGCUCCACACUCAGGCAGGCCAAGCUGGACUCUCUGUCGCUGCUGGGCGCGUGCGCAGAGGGCUACGGCCCCGCCCCGCUGGCCGGCCACGUCAGCACGCUGUGGUCUGCGCUGCGCCCCGAGCUGCUGGCGCCAGCUGGCGAGGGCCUGCUGCCUGCCGACGUGCCGGCGGCUGCCGAGCUGGCCGCGGCGGCAGCCACGUGCCUGGCGCGGUGUGUGGCUGCUUUCCAGAGCGGCGGCGGCGGCGGCGGCGGCCGUGGUGGCGAGGAGGAGGUGCCAGCUGGCGCCAGGCUGGCGGAUGCCGUGCUUCAGGACUCGAGCCUGCAAGACAUGAUGGCGUGCAUCCAGUCGCCCGGCUCCGAUGCAGCCGUGCAUCGCCGCAGUGUGCUGCGGGCGCAGGCGGGGGCGCGGGUGGCCGAGGCGCUGUGCCGCGCUGGCGGCGCCACGGCCGCCCAGGCGCUGGGCCAGCUGCUGCCUCCGCUGCUGGCGCUGGCGGCUGCACGGCCGGCAGAGGGCAGCAGCGGCGGCUGGCAGGCCCAGUGCCUGGCCUGGUGCGCCGUGCUGGGCAUGCUGGCAGCGGCAGCAGAGGCGCCGCCGUCCGCGCCGCCAGCAGGCGUGGAUGGCGAGCUGGCGCGCCAGGUUGUUGCUGCGGCUGCCUCUGCGCUAGAAGCGGCUGCUGCUGCGCUGGCGCCUGCCGUGGGUGCUGAGGGGGAGGAGGCGGAGGAGGCGGCGCCGGGGCCCAGCGCCCAACGGCAGCCCCAGGCGGCCUCCUGGCCGCUGCUGCCUGGCGACUGCACCCAGCAGCGGGCGGCCACCCUGCAGCUGGCGGCGCUGGCGGCGCUGUUUGGCGACCCUCGCCAGGCGGCGGCACUCCCCGGGCAGGACGUGGAGGCAGCAGUGGCUUCCGUCCUGCACCUGCUCUCCGCACCGUGCGCCUCUGCCUCCACCUCGGCCCAGCAGGCAGCAGCCGUGGCCCCGCUGGCCGCCCUGGCGCGCAGCGCCCACGCCGCGGCGCUGUCGGACGCGGCGCUGCCGCGGCUGGUGGCGGCCGCGGGGCGGCCGCAGACGGCGGCGGCGGCGCUGGCGGCGCUGCAGGCCCUGGCUGCCGCCUCCAGCGGCCUCCAGCUGGACAUUGUGGUGGCCCUGGAUCAAGCCCUCCAGCAGCAGCUGCCGGCAGCGGCAGGGGACCCCGCAGGCAGCGCCGCCCAGCUGAUGCAGCAGCUGCUGCGGGCGGCUGCAGGCAUCGCGUCGGCGCCGCCGGCCCACGGCGGCGCGGCGGAGCCAGCGGCGGCGGCGUGCUUCCUGCAGCUGGGCCAGCACCUGUUGGAUGCCGCCCAGCUGCUUCCCGCGCAAGCAGCAGCGGCGGUGGGCGCCGAGGUGCAGGCGGCGUGCGGCGAGCUGGCAUACCAUGCGAUGCGCGGCGCCGCCGCUGAGCAGCAGCAGCCGCUGGCGGCGGCCGCCGCGGCGGCCGUCAUGCAGCGGGGCCACGCGCACCUGGCAGCGCCAGGCGGCCUGCAGGCCACGGUGUGCUGUGCCCUGCUGGUGCCGUUGAGGCAGGAGGCUGUGCGGGGGCUGGCUGGCCAGCAGCCGGCGGCGCCGCUUGUGCAGCGGCUGGUGCAGCUGGCGCAGGCGCAGCCGGACGGCAGCCCAGCGGGGCACUGGGCGGCCCUGGCGGCGGCCGCCCUGCUGAACAAAUGGGACCCGGCAGACAGCGACAGCGCGGCGGCCUGCUCCUCUGCCGUGCUGCAGCGGCAGCUGUACCCAGCCUGCGGCCUGUCAGCGGGCGGCGGCAGCGAUGCUGGCGGCGCCGCCUGCCUGCCGGCGCCCGCACCCUCGUCCUGGCGCUACUUGGCGGCGGUGGGCCGGGGGCUGGCCAUGCGAGGCUCUCGCGAGGCGGAUGCGGCUGUGGGCAGGGCGAUCGCUGCUCUGGAUGCAGCGGCGCAGCGCUGGCAGGCGGUCCAGGCAGAGGGCGGAGGGCCCCUCGAGGCAGCGGGCAGCGAGGCAGCGGCUGCCCUGCAGCAGCUUGCAGCGGGGGCCCAGGCUGCCGCACACUUCCUUGAGGCGGCGCUGGAUGGCGGCGCUGCGGGUGCGGGCCUGUCCAAGCAGUCGCAUGCGGUCUGCAAGCCGCUGUGGCAGCAGCGCCUGUACACUGCCGCGGCCGCCCGGCUGCUGCCCCUGCUCGAGGGCAGCCUGCGGGGCGCCAGCGCGGCGCGCCAGGCGGCGGCGGCGGGCGGCGAGGGCGCGGCCCCGCUGCUGGCCUCCCCUGUGCUGCUGCUGGCGCUGGCCUGCCUGCUGUGCACGGCGCCCAGCGGCGUGCUGCAGCAGGAACAGCGCCGCAUGCUGCCCUGGAUGCUGCAGUGCCUGGCCGCGCUGCAGCGGGGCCCGCUGGCGGACGGCGAGCUGCUGCUCUCGCUGCUGCUGCUGGUCAGCGAUGCGCUCAUGAGCAGCGCAGGCAAGCAGCAGGCGGAGGCGGAACUGCUUCCACGCCUUGUGCCGGCCCUGCUGGAGCUGACGGCGUACCGCCCGGUACCUGCAGUACGGGAGACCGCGCUGCAGUGCCUGCUGGUACUGGUGGACCUGCCCUACACCUGCCUGCACCCCUACCGCCGCGCCGUGGCCGCCAGCCUGGCGGCAGCGGUGGACGACAACCGCCGCGGGGUGCGGCUGCAGGCUGCACGCUGUCGCCAGGCCUGGACCGCUUCCUGA